AUCGCCUACACCUCAUUUUGCAUGAAACUUUUAGUUCUCGUGGAAACUGUGCCCUGCCCUUUGCAAUCGACGUCGACUAUGUGUAUUGUAUAAAUUAAUACAAAAUCACCGAUUGAUCAAUAGGUAUAUCUUGGUAUUCAAACAACGAUCACUUCUCAGUAAAUUUCAUCUCUUUGUGAAUCAUACUACUUCCUUAUGUCUGAUAACGAUCUACCGGUUUCUAUUCAACCAGAGGUUGAGGACGAAGAAGAGAGCUUGAAGUACCUAGACAUAGUGCAAAAAACAGCAGAAAAUGCAGUUCCUUAUGUAUCAAAGGCCUAUGAUUACGCUAAGGACAACAGUGGGACCCUAAAACCUAGCAUGGAGACAACAGAGGGUACUCUCAAGACUGUUGUUAACCCUGCAAUCGAUACGUUUCAGGAUGUUCCUGUUAACGUCCUAAAGUUUUUCGAUCGUGUGGUGGAAACGGCAUCUGGACUCGCAAAAACUGCGUACACCAAGAUAGAGCCGACUGCGAAAGAACUGUUAGUGAAAUACGAGCCAGUUGCAGAGGAACAUGCUGCUUCAGCAUGGCAAUCUGUUAACAAGGUGCCACUCUUCCAUAGUGUGGCUAACGCGGUUAUACCAACGGCAGGUUACGUUUCUGAGAAGUAUAACCAGACUGUGCAGCAAACGAGUGAGGAAGGGUACAAGGCUUCUUCAUAUCUUCCAUUGGUGCCCAGUGAAAAGAUUGCGAAGGUAUUCAAGGCUCCUGAUCAAGAAGAAGAAGAAGAAAAAGAACGGGUGGUUCACAGUGGAGCCGAAGGAGCUGUGCACGUUAGCGAUGAGCAAAAUGACCGAACUGGCCCGAACCGGAUCGGAACCGGGAACUGGCUUGGGCCAAAAUCAAAAAUCGAACCGGCCCAGCGGUUCUACCGGUUCUGGUUCUAUCGGUUCCCGGUUCCUACCGGUUCUUGUCGUGUCUUCAAAUGUUGGAACCGGUCCUCGAAAAAUAGCAUCAUACGGUUCGGGUUUUUGCCGGUUCUACCGGUUCCAAAAAUCCACAAAAAUAACGUCCCGGUCCCAGCCCGACCGGUUGCAUCGAGUUCCGGUUCCGGUUCCGUCUGGUUCCCCCGUCCAUAUGCUCAUCCCUACACCUAG